GGUGACAAAGGAUCUGAUGGUACUCCUGGGAUAAGAGGCCAGGCAGGGCCACAGGGAGAAUCGGGACCUGUGGGUAAUAAUGGGAUCAAUGGUGAAAAAGGUGAAAAUGGCGAGAAAGGGGAAUAUGGUCCUGCAGGCAAACCAGGAAAAGAAGGUUUGAAAGGUGAUCCUGGCCCUCCUGGUCUUAGCGGCCCCAUGGGUGAAAAAGGGGAUAUAGGUAUUCCAGGUCCACCAGGUCUAUCUUGUCAAUCUGAAGGACUGAAGGGAGAACCAGGUUUACCUGGUCCAUUGGGAGAAAAGGGUCCACCAGGGCCAGAAGGUCAGCCAGGUUCACCAGGCAAGGAAGGUCAAAGGGUGAGUAAACUUUGUUAACAUUUGCGCAGUGUGUUAACUGUCUUAACUGAGAUACUGGCAGCUGUGGAAGACAAGGAGCAUACUUGAGAC